AUGAAAGUCUUGACGAACGUACUCCUGCUUGCGCUCGCAAGCGAAGCAGCAAGCCAAGUUGACUAUGCGCAAUAUGUCAAUCCAUUCAUCGGAGCCGAAGGACCUACGCCGGGAAGAGCUUUUGGUGGAGGCGACAUCUUCGUCGGUGGUGCCGUUCCCUAUGGCGUCGUCAAGAUGGGCAUCGACACCUACGAGACCAAUCCUCAAAUGGCCGUUUUGAAUGGCGGCUACACACCCGAAGGGAACGUGACUGGAGUUUCCAUGAUGCACGUCAGCGGAACAGGAGGGUGUCCAAAGUACGGAGUGAUUUCUCAAAUGCCGCUCACCACGACUGCUGCGCCGGUGGACAUCCUGAACAAUCGCACGUACUGGCAACAUCGUGUCGGAAAUGAGACUGCGAGUGUGGGAUAUUUCAGGACGGAUCUAGAAAGUGGCGUUACGAUUGAAUUGUCCGCGGCUGCUCAUGCGGGUAUUGUGGAGUAUAGCUUUCCGCCUGGAGAGAGGAACGUCCUGGUGGAUCUUACGCACAGGUUACCCAGUGCUCGCGGAAGUAAAUGUACGCAGCGAUACGUCGAUUCUGAGAUCAACAUCUCAGAAGACGGCAAAGAGUAUCGUGGCUAUGGCGUCUAUGAAGCUGGCUGGAAUGAAGGCGCGCCGUACAAAGUCUUCUUUUGCGCAGAAUUCGAUUCGGCACCAAAUCAAGCUCAAGCUUUCAAUGCGGAGAAUUCGACUACGCCGAACAUGGGAGGAAGGCAUAGAAAAGCGGCAAGUCGAUAUGAUGCAGUUGGUGCGCUGUUUACGUGGAAUGAGACCGAAGCUGCUUCUUGUUUGCGCUCAAAGAUUGGAAUAUCUUUCAUUUCAGAAGAGCGGGCGUGUACCUUUAAGGAUGCAGAGAUAACAUCCUGGGAGCUACACGAGACGGUUGAUACCGCUGUAGACAUGUGGAACAAGGACAUCUUCAGCACCAUCAGCGUGGACACUGGCGCACCGGCCAACAAGACGGACCUCACACUUUUGUAUUCGAUGCUCUACUUCUCCCACUUGAUGCCAUCGAACCGAACUGGCGAGAACCCGCUCUGGGAUUCUGAAGAGCCGUACUACGAUGACUUUUACGCCAUCUGGGACACAUUCCGCUGCACCACUUCACUCCACCACUUGAUACAGCCUGAAGCAUACGAAGCUCAAAUCCGAGCUCUCAUCGAUAUCUGGCGCCACGACGGCUUCCUCCCUGACGGUCGGUCUGGCAACUACAAUGGGCUCAGCCAGGGCGGCAGCAAUGCCGACAACGUCCUCGCCGACGCAUACGUCAAGGGGCUUCAGGGCGCAAUCAACUGGACAGACGGCUACGCCGCGAUGGUCAAGAACGCUGAAGUUGUUCCUGAUCUGAGAUUCAAAGACAAAGAAGGUCGCGCGGCGCUGAAAGAUUGGAUCGAGUUGGGGUAUGUGAGUCAAGAUCGCAACGAGCGAUGUAUUUCCCGCACAGUGGAAUAUGCAGUGAAUGACUUCGCGCUGAGUCAAGUCGCGCGAGGAGAAAAGCCGGGUGACGUUGAGAAGUAUUUGAACCGCUCGAUGGGGUGGCAGAAGAGCUGGGAUCACAACGUCAAGAGCACAAACACUACGCCUGGAUUCACUGGAUUCCUAGCACCGAGGUUGGCAAACGGCACGUUCAAUUCUUCCGGAUACAAUCCAGCAAAAUGUGGAGAUUGCUCGUGGAGUGCAAUCACAUACGAGGCCACGCCGUUUGAAUACUCGUUCAACAUCCCGCACGACAUGCAGACUAUGAUCGGCUUCAUGGGCGGAGCAGAUGCGUUUGAACGCAGGCUGGAUUACAUGUUUCAGCCGAACAGUAGCCAGCAAGAUCUCGGCGUCAACGGCGCUGGCAUAAACACAUUGAUGAAUAUCGGCUUCAAAAAUCAGCCCUAUGGCCUCCCCGGAAACUCCGACGCCGGCGCACUCAACUCGUGGCUCAUAUGGCAAAUGCUCGGGCUGUAUCCGGUCGUCACGCAGCCCAUCUACCUGCUCUCGUCGCCCUGGUUUCCCGACGUGAAUAUGACGGUGAAUCACAACCGGACGCUGCGCAUCACGGCGCAGGGGCUCGGGCAGGAUAGCUAUUAUGUGCAGAGUGUGAAAGUGAAUGGGGUUAGUUGGACGAAGAAUUGGGUAAGACAUGACGAUGUCAUGGUUGAGGGCGGGAUGAUUGAGUUUGUGUUGGGGACGGAGGAGAGGAUUUGGGAGAGUGGGGAAGUAGCGCCGAGUCCCGGGCGGGUUGAGUAA